AAGAUAUCAUUUCUUCUUCUUCUCUUUGCAGUGCUGGAGUCUUUGAAUGUCCUGAAGAUCGGUUACCACUCGACUAUGCCAAGAUCUACCCUGAUGAUAAGAUGUCUGGUGAUAUUCAGAUGUUGAUGGUCCGAUGUCAUUUCUACAAGGAUGGCUGUAGAUGGACGGACCAACUCAUGACUCUACAGGCCCAUCUGGAGUCUUGCCAGUACAACAUGGUUGCCUGUAAGGAGUGUAGCGCUAUGGUAGCUCGUAAUCAUCUCAAGGAUCAUCUAGACAUUGACUGCCCUCGUCGCUCAGAGACCUGUGAAUACUGCGGCUCAGAGUUCACAGGAAGCAAGAUAGAUACUCAUCUUGGCAAAUGUCAGCUUGAAGUGGUAUUCUGUGAAAACAAGUGUGGGGCUAAGCUGCAGAGACGGUUUAUCAAUCAUCACAUGCUCAAUGAGUGUGCAAAACGAUCUAUUCCAUGUAAAUACUGCCACAAGGAGUUCGUCUAUGAAACACUACAGAACCACCUCCACCAGUGCCCCCGGUACCCUGUAUCCUGCCCUAACCGAUGUGAGCCUAAAAAGGUACCCAGAGAAGAGAUGGAGAAACAUCUAACAGAAGCAUGCCCAUCGGCGCUCGCAUGCUGCCCAUACAAACAACACGGAUGUAAACACAAGGGUCCAAGGAUGAGUUUAGAGAGGCACCUGGAUGAGAGCAUGAAGUCCCAUCUCACCAUGAUGUGCAGCAUAGUCAGUAGUCAGCAGAAGACCAUAGAGCACCUACAAGGUCAGCUAGAUACCAUGUCUCUCAACACCGAUGGCCAACUCCUCUGGCGUAUCACCGACUACGCUGAGAAGUUCUCCAAGGCCAAGAACGAGGAGGAGGUGGAGCUGGUCAGUCCUCCAUUCUUCACUGGUCGCUAUGGUUACAAGCUACAGGUGUCCAUCUUCCCCAGUGGUAACGGCUCCGGGGAGGGGGAGCACGUCUCCGUCUACAUCAGGGUGACCAACGGUGACUUUGACUCGUUGCUUCGGUGGCCUUUCACCUUCCCCAUCUCCUUCACGCUCCUGGAUCAGAACGAGGAUCCUAACAAACGCAUGCACAUCAAGGAAUCCUUCACACCCGAUCCUACGUGGAAGAACUUCCAGAGACCCAGCAAGGAUGUCCACGUCCUGGGCUACGGCUACCCGACCUUCGUCUCCCACAACUUCCUCAAGACCCGGGACUAUGUCAAGGAUGAUGUCAUGUUUCUCAGAGUGCGCGUUGACUGCUCUAAUUCACAGUCUAUCAAGAUCAAGAAUGAUUCCCAAUCAUCAUAGCAUGACAUCUCCUCUAUGAACUUGUAUUGAAAAUACAAUCCUUUAUGCUUCCAGGCUUCAAUAGAAGUGGUUAAUACCAGUCUUAGUCUUCAGAUAUAUUGGUCUGUAGAUGAAUGCAGUACUGAUAGCUAUUCACCAGUACUAGAUGAAACAAUACUAGCAUUUUUACUUUGAUAAUUUAAUAGUACAUUGUAGAAAUUCAAACACUUGCAAGGAUCAUUCUUUUUUACUCAAGUGCAAGUUGCGGUACUAAGGUGUUAAACGACACUAGCCAUUUUACUUCUCUUUUUGAUAAUGUAAUGGUACAUUGUUAAAACGAAAUAAGCAGCACAUUGCUAAGAUGUCAAAUACAUCUAUUUGUGGGAAGCUAUUCAAUUUUUAGAUGAUACAAGCACCUGCUAGAAAGACAUUUAAUAACAUAACUUGCAUAAGUAAAACCAUUACUUCAAAAUGACUAAUGAAAAACAUUACAUAGCAUUAUUACAAAAUGUUAAGUUUGUAUGAUGACAUUUGUGACCAAAGCAAAUUAUGAAAUCAACCACAUACUUUAUGUUUAUAUGUAAAUUUGGAACACAUGUAUUAAAGUGCUUUAAGUUCACUCUGAAUGUAUUCAAAAUUGUAACAAAUCAUUGGAAUUAGCAAAUAAUUCAAUAAGAUAAAAUAAUUCUCUAUGACUACAAUACAAACAACUCCAAGUAUCUACCUCAGGUCUUCAUUAAAAGGAUCUGGAACUCUCAAGGAUUGCAAGAGCAAUAAUGUCUCUCUGAGCAACAGCAAAAACACCCUGACAACUAAGCAAUAGACUCCAUCUUUAUGGAGAACCUCCAUGCUUACAAUUCUUCUCAAUGUUCAAAACAAAAGUCUGUUGCAUUUCCUUUUUCUCAUUUUUUUCAAAGCAUGCCAGUCCAUAACACCAGAAGCCUCCGCUUUAUUUUAAGUUUGAUGAGUACAAUUGUGAUGACAUACGUCGCUACCCGUUUAUUAUAUGGGUAAGUGAAGGAAAAAUGUGUUUUGAAAGACAGACCUGAAUUUGUAAUUUUCAUUUGAUUUUAUGAAUUAUUCUUUUUUUCUUCUCUGUUUCCCUCUUUGGAAGCUUGAAUGGUCGAUUUUUCAAUUCCCCUUGAAAUGCAUGUGCCUUAAAACUUGAUUAAUUAGAAAGUUAACUUCUCUCGCAUUCCUUAUUCCACACCACAUGUUUCUCUCUGAAAUCAAGCUCUUCAUCCAUUCUUAGCCUUUCUUAUUCCUUUUUCUCCCAUACCCCUCAUCUUUGCAUAUUUUCUUUUUUUCAUUCUUCUUUUUUACCCUCUGUAUGUUUGUAUCACAAAGCAAUAUUCUAGUCGGGAACUUGUAAUGUUUGUAGAAGUAAAUGUCAAGAACCAUUCUAACACUAGUCUUAAAGAUGUUUGUAGUUCCAGUGCUUUCUCUUGUAAGGUUCCCUCCUACCAGUACAAAUUAUGAAUAUGUAGUCUACUAUGUCCGCAGUACUUAUUGAUAACAAUUUAUUUACUCUUUUUUCAGACUACACAAUAACAUCUGUAAUGCGAGGGAAAAUUGUUUGUAAAUAUUUCAUUUAGUGCAAUAUCCUUUUUUGUUAAAUUUUCUUUAGCCAUAUAUUUUAUAUCUCUUAAUCCCUAUGUUUAGUUUAGUUUUAGUUUCAUAUGAAUUAUUUAGAGUCAAGAAUUAAACUUAAUUUUGAGAAGAUUUUGUGAAAUGAUAUAGCACCGAAGAGACCUAAUGAUAACAAGAUAGAAACCUGCAAACAUAAAUUUUUUUUUUUUUUAAAGAUAGAAACCUGCAAGUGUGGGGGUUUGAAGAAUAAGCACUAUAUGGCACAAUAUUACUAUUUAUAGUAUUGAUAUUACUUUUUUCAGCUUAUAGUUUUUUUUAAUUACAUUCUUUUCACGUCUUUUUCUUAUCUUUUCUUGCCAGAAAGACUAUUUUUUGUCUAAUUCUAUCCAAAUUUUUCUGUUUCAGAAUAGUACUGAAUUGACAAGAACCAAUGGAAAUGGUUUCAUUGGUCUUUCUUUCCACUAAAACUCUUUCACAAUUUAUUUUCCUUUUUAAUCUUUUAACGUUCCUUACAUUAGAGGAAACAUAUUGAAUCUUUGUUGAUUUUUCGACUGCUUAACAUCAUUUUUUAACCCGGCAGACAUCAUUGGCAGAUAUACCAUGUAUACCAAGAUAAUACUAUCUUCAACAUGCACUUACAGAAGAGUUUAAAAACAUCCAUAGACAUUGAUGAUGUUGAUGUAAAUAUGUAAAUAAUAGUGUUUUACGAUGCUGCAGAUUGUGAGGUUUUCUAAAGGUGCUCCUGGUAGAGGAAAAAUUAUGGAUUCUAAAGACGUUACAAUAUAGCUGCAUUGGUUCCUCUGUUUCUAUUCAAGAAAUCAUUUCUGCAUGAGUUGAGGUUUUCUCAAGGUUUUUGCCAAGUAUGAGGUACAGGUAUAUUUGUGUUUGUACAUGUAAACUGAUAUUUUCUUGAUGUGUAUUCCAGGAGUUUUAGUAUUCAUAAGAUAUCUUCCAUAGUUGAGAAUUUUCUCGGUACGCAAUCCAUUUUGGGUGUUUGAAUGAAGAAACAUGGUGACUCAUAUUAAUCAAGAUAAUGUUUGGAGCUGCAGUUUAACUAGAGAUAAAACAGGCUUUGGUUUUGGCAAGAUUAUUUUGGUGUAUUGCGCAGAGUUGGUGAAUAUAAACUUCUUGUUUGUUGUGUAUUGCUGUCACCAGAACAUGGACUUGCUGUGUGAUAUGUCUUUAUAUACGAGAACAGUCGCAAAAGAAAAUAAAAAUUGAUUUUUAUGCGUUGUGUUACACAGAUGCUGCUUUGUUGAUAAAUCAAGGAUUUUGAUUAUUUUUUAGGAGGCUUUGAUGAGUGUUAUAUACAUAUCUUACUUCAAUUACAGAUUAUAAAUUGUUUACAAGGUAAUACUCAUUGUAAAAGUCUACAAUUUCAUAAUUUUAGGUACAAUUGUAAUUUUAAAAGAGCAAUCAAUUUUCUUUCUUAAGCACUAUUUGAUUUUAACUCUUGCUUAUCAAUACAUCUUCACAAAUAUGAAAGAGCAUUUUAAAAGUAUGUUUGCUUUGUAAAGAUAACAAAAAAUAGACAUAUGAUGUUCCAAAGGAAUAUGGAUUCCUUUUUUUUUAAGCACAAUAUAGUUUUUUAACCGUUUGUUUUUGUAAAAACAGACAUACAUGUAAUUGUACACAUCCUGCAGCACCUGCACUGUGAUGCACUCUUCACUGUAACAGACCAGGUACUCAUUAAGUUACCAGCUUCAUCAACUAUUAUCUGUAUGUCCUUCAGAACUUUAACUUCAAAGUAUUAAUUCUCUUUGUAAAAUAUCUUUUUUCCUUAUUUGCCUUGGAAAGAGAAAUGUAUCCACUAUUUUUGACAGCUAUGUUAUUAAUAUAACAAAGCUUUUUAUGAAACCAUUAACAAAUUUCUCUAAUCUCAUGUAAAAAUGGUAAUUGUGAUAUGUUUGUGUUACUUUCAAGAAUCUGUUUUUAUGGAGUACUCAUUAUUUAAUCUUUUAUGAUGAACUGAAAGAUAUUUUACUAUGAAACAUGUUACAAGAUCCUCCUACUACUAAUAAGAUAUCAAUCAAAUUUCAAACGGUAACUUCUCAUUUAAUUCUUCAUAAUCAUACCAGGAUAGAAGGUGAGAUAUUUUUUCAGCAGAUGCUUGCAUUCAUUCCAACGCUUUCAUUGAAGACAUACAUGCAGAUUUGGUUCAGCCAAUAUUUAUGACAUUUCAGUCGGUCAUAAAUGCCUGUUGUUAAGAGCUAUUCAAAGUGCCAAUCACUAUAUUGUGAAUUCCUUGUACUGUAUUUAUUAUUUACACCUUACUAAAUACAGACAAAUGCAACAAAUUUUCAAAACAAUUCCUUUUUCCUUCAAUAUUGUUUUUUUAAAUUGAACUCUAAAUGAAUUAUAUUUCUUUUUACCAAUUAUUACGGCAAACUAUUCAAUGACACAGGUACAUGGUGUUUGGAAUAUCCCAUAGUACAUUCCUUAUAGAAAUGUAGACACGUUUAAUGAACUAUGCCAAACAAACCAAACAUACCAGAUUUUCAUAACAUUUUUAUGAUGCAUCCUUUUUACAAAAGUUCUUUGAUUGAUGUAGUUUAUGACAAAGCCCUUCAUUUUGAUAUUAUUGAAUGAAAGGCCCAAUAUCUUGUGUAAAUAAAUGUAAGAUAGUGGAUUUUCUAUACCUGUAUUAUACAUGUAUAUGAUCAAUACACCAUAACGCUUGAAUAAAAGUAAUUAUUUGAGAGCCAUCUUAAAA